AUGACUCAAUCAUCGGAGUACGAGUACGAUGAGCCCCCUCCAUACUUGGAGAGUGCUACUACACCAGACGACGACGACCAAGACUCGGAUACCGCGCCAUCCAAAGUGACUCACAGAGAUGCCCGGGAAGUGUAUAGCAAGAUUGUCAGCACGAACUUCUCAAUUCUAUGCGCAGGAUUCAACGAUGCCGCACUUGGGCCUCUUAUCCCCUAUAUCCAGCCCUGGUUUCACAUUGGCCUCCUCGAAAUAUCUUACAUCUACCUCGUCAACUUCGCUGGCGGGUUCACCGCAUCCUUCGCCAACAUCCACAUCUGCUCACAUCUAGGAACGGGCGGGACGCUCGUCCUCGGCAUCGCAUUCCAAUGCACUGGCUACGCACUUAUGCUCUGGGCGCCCUCGUUCCCUUUCUUCCUAGUCGCAUUCGUAUUCACGGGGUUCGGUCUGGGAAUUUCCGAUGCUCAGGCAAAUAGCUUCACCGUCACUGUCCGCAACUCGCACCGCUGGCUGGGUGUGCUCCAUGCUGUCUAUGGCCUGGGCACCAUCUUAGCUCCGCUUAUUGCGAAUCCCAUUGCCGCGCAUACGCCGAGAUGGCAGCUUUACUAUCUCAUCUCGCUUAUUCUAGGUGUGAUCAACAUGCUCUUCAACGUUUGGACCUUCCGCCAUGGCCUGUUUAGGCCGAAUGAUCCUGGUGCGAAGGGGACGCCGGGCCGAGAACUGCGGGAGACACUUUCGCAUCGGUCACUCUGGUUUCUUACUAUGUUUUUCUUCCUUUAUUCUGGAGCUGAGAUUACCCUUGGCGGAUGGAUCGUCCAGUUCCUAGUCGCGGUGCGGCAUGGAGAACCCGAGAAGGUUGGCUACGUUGCGUCCAUCUUCUGGUGUGGCUUUACGUUGGGUCGAAUUGCUCUGGCAGACGUGACGCACCGGUUUGGUGAGAGACGUAUGGUUUUCAUAUACAUAACGCUCGCACUUAUAUUCCAGCUUAUGUUCUGGCUUAUUCCGAGCAUCCUGAUCAAUGCCAUCUCGGUUUGUUUGCUAGGUAUGUAG